UUUGCCCACUCACCCCAUCCUAUAUACACCUCCCCUCGUAUGCAGAACCAGUCUACAUAUAGGCAUAUCACUGUAUUAAAGCGCACUCGUGCUCAAAGGCGCGCGAUGUGAAAAUGUAUCUCUAUAUAGAUCACAGGUCGCGUUGAAUGUUACGUCCGAUAUAAAUUCAGGAUGAGAGAGCGCGCGUACUUCAGAACUCAGGCACGCGUCAGGCAGUGAGAUCAUUUGUGUUAUAAAUAUCUCUAUGCCAGCAGCAGAUCUGCUCCAGCUCCUGCAGCCGAGGGUAAUGUCCACCGAUGGUGUAACCGCGAGUUACCUCACAGAGCGCUGGAAGAGGAGCAAAAUGCUGAGAGUGGCCUAGCGCGCGCGCAGGUUUUGGGAAAGAAUGAGCGUCCCUCUCCUGCUUCUGCUCUUCUGUGUGUUGCUUUGCUCUGCAGUGCUCACGGGAUCUCAACACGUUUCUGUGGAGCACCAACUUGUCGGAGAAGGGCGCGUGUCAGGGCGCAGGACUGGGAGACUGUAUUGUAGAGUUGGGAUAGGCUUUCACCUUCAGAUUCACUCCGAUGGGAGAGUUAACGGGAGUCACGAACCCAAUCGAUUAAGUGUGCUGGAGCUGUUUGCCGUGUCUCAAGGGGUCAUAGGAAUAAGAGGAGUUUUCAGCGAUCGAUUUUUAGCCAUGAACAAGAGGGGGAAGCUUCACGCAACCGAGAGCUUCACAGAUGACUGCAAGUUCAGGGAGCGGUUUCAGGAGAACAGCUACAACACAUACGCCUCAGUGAUCCACAAGAACCACCGAACUGGUAGAGAAUGGUUUGUGGCACUAAACAAGCGAGGAAAAGCAAAAAUGGGGUCCAGUCCUAAAGUGAAGUCACAGCACGUGUCCACACAUUUUCUGCCCAGGAUGAACCUGUAUGAGAAAUCUGAGCACGGGUUUACAAUAGCGGACAAGGAAAAGGAAAAACAACCACCCCCACAACCAUCAAAGCCUUCGAUACCAAAAAGCACCAUCAACGCUGGAAAGAGGAAUCGACAGGUUGUCAAGUACUGGCCAAAGUUUAGAUUUGGAUAGACUAACGCUGCCUUAAACUUAGACUUAUCUUGAAAAAAUAAAACACCAAAGGAAAGGUUGUUUUCUCUUCAGGGCGAACUGUUUAAUGUGAGCAUUCCAGUCAUCAUAAACUUCACAGAAAAGGAAAUGAAUGCCCCAAUAAUGCAACAUUUUCAAAGGUGGAAAAUGGCAUGAACUUCUGCUUAUUGAAGUCUGUUGUGCAUUUCAAAAAUAUCUUCCAAUGCAUCCUGAAUGCAUAUAUGUAACUGAACUAUCUGAAGUUUGCUUUUUACAUUACUCGAUUAUUUGACAAAAUAUAAGUGUUUUUUUUAUUAUACCUCACUGUAUUUAUACAAUAUAUUUAUGUCUGUAUACAAGCUUGUUUUGCACAAACAAUUUUCCAGUUUCCGAGAUUAUAAUGUUUGUGAUUGUAAUUAGUAUAUUUUUAAAAUAUAUGUUACUGUAAGUCAACAACAAUUCAAGACGAAUAUUAUAAUUAAUGUUUGGAAAGUUUCUGAACAUUGUUAUUUCCUUAAAAAAAAGAUACUUAUUUCUUUCCUAAAUCAGUCCGGUCGCUGACUGUCGCAGAUAAAAUCCUGUCAUGACCCCAGCGCAUUCCACAGAAGAGGGAUGUCUCAAAAGGAUAAACAUGUCUUGUAAGACCACUCCAUUUUUUAAGGAGCUGCAGUCAUAUCAAAUGGCAGACAGUUGUGGUAAGAAGCAAAAUCCCUUUGUUGACAGAUGAAAGCAACCAUUAUAAGAAAGUGAGCUUCUAAUUCAUUUCUAAAAACGUUUAUUACAGAGCUGUUUAAUUUUGAGUCAUACAACCUGACUGAGAGAAUGAUCUUUUGAGUCAUCAACAAGGUUUUCAAAUAAGUUUCCCAUUUGUGAGUGAAAUAAUGUCUGUGGUUAACAUUGCUUGGAGACUUUCCUGUUUUGUUCAGCAACAAAAUUACACAGUCCUACCUCAAAUGUAAAUUUUGCAGUGCUGUUGUUAACAAGUUCCUAACGCACAUCCUUGUUCUUUACUUUGCAAAAGUGUUGUCAGUCAUUUUAAACAUUCAUUCAUAAUAUUAAAAGAAUAUAGCAAUAAAAUAAGUAAACUUGCAGAGUCAAAAUAACUGAAUAAACUUGCAAGGACAGCUAUUGUUGCAUUAUGUAGCAACUUUACAUACUUAAAUACAAAACUUAAUUUACUGGGGUGGAGGUUUAAAAGGAAAGACUUACCCAUUACAAUAACCAUGGUUGAAUUUAAAAUAUAGGGAUUAAGACGUAAAGAAUCCAAAUCAAAUAGGGUCUCCAAACAUAUUCCUAAAAAAUGCUAUA